UUACUUUAAAUUCAAUUUAUUGAAUUUAUAACUUUUCAUUCAUUUCUUAUCUUAUGUUCUUAUCAUAUGCUUGUCAUGUGCCUCAUAUUGAUAUGAAGACUACAACUUCAGCUUACAUUUUAUUCAGUUUGCGAUCAAAUCACGGUGAAUACAGAAGCGUUUUUUUAUCUGGACUUUAAUUUAGGAAAUAUUUGACCUUUGAUACGGUGAUUAUUAAAUUUCUAAAUCUUUCGUCGUAUCUGUUGAAGAUGGAAUAUUCUAAAUUAUUCCUGGGUAUAUUGUGCUUGAUUAUAGCAUAUUGCUAUCAGAAAUAUACAAGCUUAUCAAAAAAUUUACCUCGACCAAUCUUUGAUUUAAAAGAGUUUUGGGGUAAAGGCGAUUCCAGAGAUUAUAAAGAAGACACUUCAAUCAAACCUUUCAAAAUCGAAGUUCCCGGUGAAGUGAUCAUUAAACUAAAGAAUCGUUUGGAAGAUGCUGAUCAAUUUACUGAUCCACUUGAAGACGUUGCAUUUGAGUAUGGUUUUAAUUCGAACAAACUCAAGGACAUCGUGAAGUAUUGGAAAGAUUCAUACUUGCCUAAAUGGAAUGCACAACAAGAAUUCUUAAAUAAAUUUACACAAUUUAAGACACAAAUUCAAGGCCUCAAUAUUCAUUUCAUUCACAUCAAACCAAAUGUUCCUAAAGAAACGAAAGUUUUUCCUCUUUUAUUGUUGCAUGGAUGGCCUGGAAGUGUUCGAGAGUUUUAUGAAAUGCUCCCGUUGCUAACUCAAUCCUCUGAUAACAAUAUUGCUUUUGAAGUGAUUGCGCCAAGUCUUCCUGGAUUUGGAUUUAGUAAAGGUGCAGCUAGGAAAGGUUUGGGACCUGAAAAAAUGGCUGUCGUUUUGAGAAAUUUGAUGCUGCGUGUUGGAUUCGAAAGGUUUUACAUUCAAGGAGGAGAUUGGGGUGGUGUCAUCGGAGCUCAUUUGACAGCUUUGUUCCCUGAAAAUGUUAUUGGCUAUCACACAAACUUCAUUACUCAUCGCACAACUCUUUCAAUGAUUAAGACAACAAUCGCUUCAUUCUUCCCUUCAUUCUUUAUUGAAGAGAGUGACAAGAUCAGCUGGAUGUAUCCAUACACUAAAGAAUUUCUCUUUCUUUUACAAGAAACUGGAUAUUUCCAUAUUCAAGGAACAAAACCUGACACAAUUGGAAUAGCUUUAAGUAACAAUCCAGUGGGACUUGCUGCUUACAUUCUCGAGAAGUUCUCAACAGCAACAAACCGAGAUUAUCGUAAACUAUCUGAUGGUGGCUUUGAAAAAAAUGAUUUUAAACUUGAUGCCUUACUUGACAAUAUAAUGAUUUACUACUUGAACAAUGCAGCUGUUACAGCGGCGAGAAUCUAUAAAGAAGCGUUUAGAAAACCUUACCCGAUGGAGCGUGUUGCCGUUGAGCCUCCAACAGAAGUGACUUUAAAAAUGAUCGCAAGAUCUAUCACAUACGCUUUAAUAAUACUUCAACUUUGUUCGUGUGUACGAUUGCAAAGAGAACGCAACCGUCCCGACGUAUCACCAACUGAAAGGCAAUUUCGAGUGGUCUACGAAUGGCGAACAUUAGAUUUUGCGUUCCGAAAUGAACAAGAGAGAAGUGCUGCUAUUUUUAGAGGCGAAUACAUUCCUAGGAAUGUCAUCAUCUCAGAUAUUAAACCUUACGCUAACAGAUUGUAUUUAACAAUUCCAAGAAUGCUUCCCGGAUCACCAGCGACAUUAGGUUACAUCAUUGCACCUGAUAACAACGGAAAAACUGAUCCAGAAAUCGAACCUUAUCCAAGCUUACAAAUGAACGAGAUCGGAAAUUGUUCCGCACUUCAAUUCGUUCAAGGCAUCGCUGUUGAUGCGCGAGGAAUUUUAUGGGCUGUUGAUAGUGGUCGAGUGAACACUUUACUACCAGCAAACAAUCAACUUGUUUGUAAUCCAAAGCUUAUGCUUUUCGACCUUAAACGUAAUGGAACAUUAAUUCUUCGAUAUGACUUUCCCGAUGAUGUCGUCGCUCGUGGCACAAACUAUUUAAACAAAAUCGUCAUUGACGAUACAAAUGGUGAAUUUGCUUACAUCACAGAUAACAAUGGAGCUGAUCCCGGCAUUGUCGUUUUUUCGAGAAAGAUUAACAGAUCGUGGAAAGUUCGGGAAAAUAGUUCGAUGCGUGCUAAUCGUGAUGCACUUGACUUUGCUGUCAAUGGAACGCAAUUAAAUUUUUCAAUUCAUAUUGAUGGAAUUGCACUCGGUCCAUAUUACAAUCCACAAACUGGUGAUGUUAAUUUAGAUUCCAGUGGAACUUACAGUAUCGAACAGAAUUAUGAACGAAAUGUUUAUUAUGCACCACUCAGCAGCUUCCAUCUCUACUCGAUACCGGCAUCUCGUUUACGCGAUCCGGAGUUUAGUCGUAGGGCCACACCCAGGCAAAUGUUUGAAGUUGUCACUGAUCAUGGAUUAAAAACAUCGCAGACUGACGGAAUGAUUAUGGACAACUAUGGAAUGCUUUAUUAUGGUCUUUUGAGAAAUCAUGCAAUUUGUAAAUGGGACUCGUAUCGUCCAUUCACACUUGAGAAUCAACAAGUCGUGGCGAAGGAUGACACGCACAUUCAAUGGACUGACGGUAUGGGCUUUGAUGAGUCGGGAAAUUUAUAUGUCGUUGUUAAUCGUCUCUUCAACUUCGUCGCUGGUCGGCUAAGCGAAGAUAAAAUUAACUUCAGAAUUCUUCGAUCAAAGACAGGAACUUUAUCAUAUGUUCACACCGGUCGUCCGUCGUUAAUCGAAGAGAAUAUUCUCAAUAUUGGUGGUAGUGGUCCGAUCUAUGAGAUUAAUGAUAACAAUUUAGGAGCGGGGUUAGGAGGCAUUUCAUCAACAACACCAAUUUCCUUAGGUAGUAUUGGAGGUCAGUACACUGGUCAGUACGGUAACUCAGCUCCACAUUAUUACAAAACAACCACAUCGACUAUCUUACAGAGUGCUUUUAUAAUAAUGUUUGUUAAGUAUUUAAUUUAAUUUUCUAACUUCUUUUGUUCGUUUACGUCAUGGAAACUCAUAAAACACAAGAAGGUAAACAGAUCAAAAACGCUGAACUUUUAUAUGAUUCGAAAUCUUUGCUUUUUGUUUCGUUUUCUUAGUUUUUUUCAAAGCCAAUUUUAAUUUUAUUUUUCUUAACUCGCGCGAGCGUUAAACACCAACAAAACAUUUAAAAAAUUCAACUUUUAUGACUCUUAAGCGCGUCUGCAAGAAGUUUAUUUAUCAUGAAUCACAGACAGAGCGCUCCAAUGACCAUAAAUUACGUGAAAUAUGUUUCAGUAUUCUGCCUUUAAGAUUAGAGCGUGAUUUUUGACGCUUCCCGGUGCUGCUUCAAAUUGAGAAGAAGGAAAGCGACCAUUAGAUAAGUUCCCUUAAAGUUACCUUAAUCUUCUCAUAAAUUUAAUAACAUCAUUUAAAAUAUUUAACUAGUCCCUUUACGAUUAUCGUGUCGCUCGCUUUCGCAAGAAAAAAGAAUAAAGAAUAAAGAAUUAAUGAUAACAUCAUAAGAUUAUGUGAAUGUAAAUAUUAAGUCUAAGCUUUGUACGUGAUGUCGUUUUUAUUGAAUUUUGACAUGAAAAUAAAAAAUAAAAAUCUCAGAAAAAUGAUUAAGAAGAAGAAAUCAUUUUGCGUUGUUUUUUUUCUUACUUCAUUCUUCAUUCAACAUUUAUUUCAUUCUCCUUCAUUCUCGAAGAUUAUUUCAGUUUCACUUUCGAUGAAGUUUUACAAUAUUAAGUGGCAUGAUGAAUCGACGGUCAAUUUAGGAGAUUGCUUGUAGCUUCUGAUUGACGACUUCACUCUUCAUGAUAUUUGACUUUGUUUCAAUUGAUGAAACCAUUAAUCUUCAGAUAACAUCAUUUCGACUUCUGUUGAACUACAAGAAUAAAUCUU